AUGGGAACUGAGAAUAAGGUCAUCAGGUGUAAAGCAGCUGUUGCGUGGGAACCUGGGAAGCCUCUGUCUGUUGAAGAAGUGGAAGUUGCUCCACCUAAAGACCAUGAAGUCAGAAUUAAGAUAGCAGCAAGCGGUGUGUGUCACACAGACUGGACACUUCUGAAUGAUUGUGGGAAAGGAGUGAGGACUAUACCAUUUCCCCUCAUUCUGGGUCAUGAGGCUGCUGGUGUGGUGGAGAGUGUCGGCCCGGGGGUGACCACUGUGCAGCCAGGAGAUAAUGUGAUCCCUGUCCUCCUACCUUACUGUGAUGAGUGUCAGUUCUGUCUGAGUCCAAAGACAAACUUGUGCACAAAGAACAGUGAGAAGCUUCAGCAGUGUGUGCUAGCUGAUGGUACGAGUCGUUUCACCUGUAAGGGUCAGCAGGUGUAUCAGUUUUCUGGUGUGAGCACUUUCUCCGAAUACACCGUUGUUCCUGAAUACAACGUCGCUAAGAUUCACCGAGACGCACCGCUGGAUAAAGUGUGUCUCCUCGGCUGUGGGGUGGCUACAGGAUACGGAGCAGCACUAAAUUCGGCCAAAGUGGAGCAUGGUUCUGUCUGUGCCGUGUUCGGUUUGGGAGCCAUCGGUCUCGCCACGGUGAUGGGCUGUAAAGCUGCCGGAGCCUCCAGGAUCAUCGGUGUCGACAUCAAUGCGGAGAAAUGUGAAGUUGCCAAGAAGUUCGGUGUCACUGACUUUGUGAACCCUAACGAUCACAGCAAACCCAUUCAGGAGGUGCUGAUGGAGAUGACAAGUGGAGGAGUGGACUACAGCUUCGAGUGUGUGGGGAACGUCACACUUAUGAGGGCAGCAUUUGAGAGCUGCAAUACUGCCUGGGGAACCUGUGUGAUUGUGGGAUGGACUGAAAACAACCUGAUCUUGGUGUCCCCUAAGGACCUCUUAUUGGGACGAACGCUUAAAGGAUCCGUCUUGGGUGGAUGGAAGAGUGUGUGUAGUGUACCCAAACUGGUGGAGGACUACAUGAACAGCCGAAUCUUGCUGAAUGAGUUUGUGACACACACGCUCCCUCUGAAGGAGAUUAACCACGCCUUCGAACUCAUGAUCAACGGGAAAAGUGUUCGGUCGGUGAUAAAAAUGUGAGCCGUGAACCUCGAAUCUCAAUUCUUUAACCAUGAAGACAUAAAAUCAGUCACCAUGACAACAGACUCAUUACCCAGUGGGCCUCAGAGCUGCUGGUCCUUCUGUAAAGUUUAAAGGAAACACCGUGAUGAAGAUGGAAACUCAGGACAGAAGAUGUGUCUG